AUGUGUAUAGUUCAGGUUUACACCCGCUGGCUAUGCGGCUGUCCGGUGGCCGAGGCUGACAAGCGGAUGAUGAAAGUCUGUGUGAAGAGGGUGACUAUGCUUGCAAAGUCUUUGGCAGGCGCGGAGAGCUCCAACGGUGAAUCCACGAGCAGCAUGGGAUACUGCGGUGGCUUGGCUAAAGAGCGACGUGCAGGGAAUGACGACAAUGGAAGCAGCAGCAACGAAAGCGACAGCAGCGAUAGCGGCAGCGAAAGUUUCUGCAAUAACGAUGCCAACGAGACUGCUAUCCAGGCGAGCGAGAGGCUUUAUCAUGACACAGCACCACGACUGUGCGCCCUUCACGAGACAAAGUUUGAGCUGGGGGCCCAUUCGUUCUGGGUGAGCGAGCUGCAGUGGUUGCGGCCAAGACUGGGGCGGCGAGGCACGCCAGCGGCACUGGGGACACAGACGACCAGAGAGGCCAUAGUCCACGCCCAGUUGUGUGCAGACCGGAUGUGGAAGCUGUACCAGCUCUGGAAGCUGCUCAACGGAGGGAGCAGCGAGAGUGAAGAUGAGAGCGACAAGGGAUAUGAAAGGCGUGACAAGGCCCUGGCAGUAGAGUGUGCUGCAAUCCUGACAGACGACCUGAAGACACAGACGACAGACUGCUGUUCAACAAUCCAGAGCAUCCAGCACACGGGCGAGCUCAACUACGGGAUGCUGCGGUGGGGUCUAGAAGACCUGCUGGAACCGUUGCGCGCGAGCCUCCACCCGCGUGAUAUGGUGGCGUGA